AUGGACGCGCGCGCGCGCAACGAGCGCGUCCUGCGCCCGGCCGCUCGCGCCAACCGGGCCGUGGCGCACGCCGGCGACAGCGAGCCCAGCUGGGCGCUCGCGGAGGACCAUGAGGACGAGCGCGGCACCGCCUCUGGGCCGUCCCUGCUCGCCCGCAAGUACGAGAAGGCCAAGAAGCUGCUGAACGAGCGCACGACGGACCUCGAGCGCACGAGGACCCAGCUCAAGCACGAGCGGCAGUGCGUGGACGACCUGCGCAAGCUGCUCGAGUCGGAGAAACACAGGCGCGACGAGGCCCAGCGCGACUACGCCCGCGUCGUGGGCAACAUCAAGCAGGAGCGCGACGAGUACCGCGACGCCGUGGGCGCGCUCAAGGGCGCGGCCGACGCCGCAGAGCAGCGCGCGGCGGCACUCGCGGAGGAGGUCGCGCAGCUCCGCGGCCGGCUCUCCGCGAGCGACGCCGACCUGGCCCGCGCGCGCGAGGAGCUCACCGCCGCGCGCGUCGAGGCGUCGGAGCUCCGCGGCCGCCUCGACCGGUCCGAGAUGAGCGCGACGCUGGCGCAGGAGCGUGCGCGGGACGCGCAGGGCGGGCAGCAGAGCGCGGGCGACCGCGUGCGCGAGCUCGAGGGGCUCCUGCGCGGGGCCGUGGGCGACGCGGACGCGCUGCGGGCGGACAAGCAGGCCGCGGAGGAGGCUGCGGCACACGCGCGCGAGAGGAUCGAGCUGCUCAAGGUCGAGGUCAACGUGAAGGAGGAGGAGGUGCGGCUGGCGCGGCGGCGCGAGGACGAGGUGCGCGCCGCGCACGCCGCGAAGGCCCGCGAGAUCGAGCGCGAGCUGGGCGCGGCGCUGGCGGACAUGGACGACCUGCGUCAGGCGGCGGAGGACUCCCGGCGCGCGCAGGAGGACGCGGCGGCCCUGCGCGGGUUGCUCGCCGAGGAGCGCGCGGCCAGCGAGGCCCUGCGCGCGGAGCUGCGCGACCGCGGCGCGGCGGCGGCGCUGGCGGACGGGACGCUGCGGGAGCAGGUGGAGGCGCUGCGGGCGCUCGCGGGCGAGGUGGACAAGUGGCGGGCGCGGUGCGCCGCGCUCGAGGAGGAGGCGGAGGCGCUCGCGGCGCACGGCGCCCGGCGGCGCGGCGCUGCACGGGAGGUGGAGGCGGCGCGCGAGGAGGCGCGGACGGCGGGCGGGCGCGCGGACGCGGCGGAGCGCGCGUGCGCGGAGGCGCGCGAGAAGCUCGCGGCGCUCGAGGGCGAGGCGGCGGGGCUCCGACGCGAGCGCGAGGAGGCAGGGGGCGCGCUCGAGGCGCUGCGCGCCGAGGCGGGCGCGGUCGGCGACAGGGUCCGGGAGCUCGAGGCGUCGCUGCGCGAGAGGGAGCGCGGCGCGGAGGCCGCGGAGGCGCGCGCCCGCGGCGCGGAGGCCGAGUGCGAGGACCUCCGCGACCAGGCGGGCCUGCUCGAGGCCGACCUCGGCCUGGUGCGCGCGGAGGCGCGGCGGUUCCAGGCGGAGCUCGAGGCCCUGCGCGCGGACGCCCAGCAGCACGAGGCGCGCGGGCGGGAGCUCGCGGCGUCGGCGGCCGAGGCCGCCGCGCGCGCCAGGGCGCUCGGGGAGCGCGCGCGGGCGGCGCGCGCGGGGGCGGCGGAGGAGCGCGCGGCCGCGGCGGAGGAGCAGGCCGGGCGCGCGGACCGCCUGCGCCAGGAGGUCGAGCACGUGGUGCGGCGGCUCCACAGGGACCUCGAGGCGCGCGACGGGGAGCUGGCGGCGGCGAAGGAGGCGCGCGCGGCGCUGAAGAAGGAGCUGGACCGCGCCGGCCGGGCGCUGUCGAAGACGAGCGCGCGCUGCGAGGCGCUGAAGCGGCAGGUGGCGCUCGGGGGCCGCGCGGUGGCGACGGCGCCCGCGUCGCCCGCGGCGACCGCGGCGACCGCGUCGACCGAGGCGCCGUCGUCGCCGGCGACGCCGGCGUCGUCGCAGCUGGUCGUGGCGUCGCCCGGGAGGGCGGCGGGGAGCGUGGGCGGCGGCGCGGGGGCCGCGGAGCUGCCGAUGCCCGGCGGGCCCGUGGGCAGCCCCGCGAGCGGAGCGGCGCUGCAGCACGCGCGCGAGUACAUCCUGUUCCUCGAGGCGCGCGUGGUGGCGCUGCAGCAGGAGCUGCACGGCGCGGCGCAGGCGGCGCGGAGCGCGCAGGAGCUGCAGGGGCACCUGGCGCGGUCGCAGGCGGCGCUGGCGGGCGCGGAGGCGGUGCACCCGUGCGACGUGACGCUGGCGCCCGCGGAGCCCCGCGGCAGCGACGGCGCCGCGGAAGAGGAGCUGGCGAGCGCGAAGGCCGCCGUCGGCGCCCUCGCCGCGCGCGUCGUCGAGCUGGAGGGCCAGCUGGGCGAGGCGCUGGCGCGGGUGGCCGCGGUGCGCGAGGCGUCCGCGCAGGCCUCGGUCGACCUGCGCGCGCGCGCGGAGGCGCUCGUCGAGGACGCGCGCCGCGAGCGCGACGCCGCGGUGUGCGCCGCGACGGCGGUGGGCGGGCGCGGGCGGCGGCGGCGGACGGGCGCGCGCCGAUGCGGCCGUGGCGCGCGAGCCGCGGCGCAGGCGGCGCUCGCGUCGCCCCGCGCGCGCGAGCGGGAGCUCGCGGCCGACGCCGCGUCGUACGCCCGGCAGCUGCGGGCGGCGGACGGCGAGCGGCGGGCGGUGGAGGCCGACCUGCGCGCGAGCCGGCAGCGGUGCGAUGCGCUGCGCGCCGAGGUCGAGCGCGUCGCGCUGGCGCUCGCGGCGGGCUCGGACGCCGCGUCGCGGGAGGCCGAGACGGUCGCGGAGGCCAACGGGCGCUGGCGGCGCUGGCGGGCGUCGCUGCGGGGAGCACGUGAGCGGCGCGGAGGCGCGGCCGAGGCGGCGGCGGCGGCGCUGCAGGCGGCCGCGUCGCGCGCGGACGCGGACCGCGCGGCGCUCGCCGCGGAGCUGCGGGGCGCGCGCGCGGCGGCGCUGUCCGCGGCGUGCACGGAGGCCUCGCGGGAGGUGUCGGCGGCGCAGGACGAGAUGGCGCGGCUGCACGCGGAGCUGACCGAGGCCCGGGCGGCGCGCGGGGAGCUGCAGGAGGUCUGCGAGGGCCUCGCGCGGGCGGCGACGGAGGCGUCGCGGCGCGCGGAGGAGGCCGCGGAGGAGCUGGAGGCGGCGCGGGGGAGCGCGGAGCGCGCCGAGGGGCGCCGGGCGGAGCUGGAGGCGCGCGUGGGGGAGCUCGAGGAGCAGCUGCGCGCGGCGUCGCGCGGCGCCGAGGUGGCCGAGAGCGAGCGCGAUGCGAGGCUGCAGGCAGCGCACGAGGAGGCGCGGUCGCAGGCGGAGCGCGUGGGGGAGCUGGAGGCGAGCCUGGCCGCCGCGGAGCGGGCGGGGAGCGAGCGUGUGGCGAAGCUGCAGGGGCAGCUGGAGGCCGCACAGAAGGAGGCGCGGUCGCAGGCGGAGCGCGUGGGGGAGCUGGAGGCGAGCCUGGCGACCGCGGAGCGGGCGGGGAGCGAGCGCACGUCGCGCGUGCAGGAGCUGCAGGGCGCGCUGGCCGCCGCGGAGCGGGCGGAGAGCGAGCGCACAUCGCGCGUGGCGGAGCUGGAGGCAAGUCUGCAGGCGGCACACGAGGACGCGCGGUCGCAGGCGGAGCGCGUGGCGGAGCUGGAGGCGAGCCUGGCGACCGCGGAGCGGGCGGGGAUCGAGCGCACGUCGCGCUUGGCGGAGCUGGAGGCGAGCCUGGCGACCGCGGAGCAGGCGGAGAGCGAGCGUGUGGCGAGGCUGCAGGAGCUGGAGGCAAGUCUGCAGGCGGCACACAAGGAGGCGCGGUCGCAAGCGGAGCGCGUGCAGGAGCUGGAGGGCGCGCUGGCCGCCGCGGAGCGGGCGGGGAGCGAGCGCACGUCGCGCGUGGCGGAGCUGGAGGCAAGUCUGCAGGCGGCACACAUGGAUGCGCGGUCGCAGGCGGAGCGCGUGGCGGAGCUGGAGGCGAGCCUGGCGACCGCUGAGCGGGCGGAGAGCGAGCGCACGUCGCGCGUCGCGGAGCUGCAGGAGCUGGAGGGCGCGCUGGAGGCAGCACACGAGGAGGCGCGGUCGCAGGCGGAGCGCGUGGGGGAGCUGGAGGCGAGUCUGGCGACCGCGGAGCGGGCGGGGAGCGAGCGCACGUCGCGCGUGGCGGAGCUGGAGGCGAGCCUGGCGGCCGCACAGAAGGAGGCGCGGUCGCAGGCGGAGCGCGUGGGGGAGCUGGAGGCGAGCCUGGCGACCGCGGAGCGGGCGGAGAUCGAGCAGCGCGCGCGCGCGGCGUCGCUCGCCGCGGAGCUCGAGGCGGCGCACGGCAGCGAUGCGGAGCGGGCGCGGCACGCCGAGGCGCUGCGCGCGGAGGCCAGGCUGGCGGGCGCGGAGGCGGACGCCGAGGCCGCGCGGGCGGACGCGGCGCGCGCCGGGGAGGAGCUGGGCGCCGCGCGGAGGCAGAUGGCCGUCGCGGUGGGCGAGGUCGCGGAGCUGCAGGGCUCCGUGCGGGCGGAGCGCGACCGCGGGGACGGCCUCGCGGCGGAGCUCGAGGCGGUGCGCGCGGAGCUGGGCGCGGUGACGGACCGCAUGGAGGCGAUGGACGCGGAGCUGGCGUCGGCGCGCGCGGGGCUGGCGGGCGAGCGCGGGCGCGCGGAGGCGGCGGAGGAGGCGCUCGCGGCGGCGCGGGCGACGGCGGAGGAGGCGCGGAGGUCCGGCGGGGUGGCGUCGCCGCGCGCCGAGGCGGCGACGCGGCGCGAGGAGGUGCUGGCGCGCGGGCGGCUGCAGAAGCAGCUGUCGGACGCGCAGGAGGCGCUGGGCGUGGCGGAGCUGCGGCGGACGGCGGCGGCGGACGAGGUGGCGGCGCUGCAGGCGGAGCUGGAGGCGGUGCGCGGGGAGCUGGGCGAGGCGCGGUGCGGGGCGCAGGACGCGGCGGCGGCGCGGCACGUGGCGGAGCAGGAGGCGCGGGUGGCGCGCGAGGAGGCCGCGGCGGCGCAGGCGGCGGCGCAGGCGGCGGGCGAGGCGGCGGCGGAGCUGCAGGUGUCGCGGGGGGCGUACGCGCGGGCGCGGUCGUGCGCGUCGGGCCUGGCCGAGGCGAUGCAGCGGGGCUCCGAGGACGCGGUCGCGGAGCUCGCGGACGAGCUGAUGGCCGCGCUCGGCCUGCCGCCGGCGUGCGGGGGCGGCGGCGAGGCGGAGGACGGCAAGGGCGGCAAGGGGGGACACCGUGCGGCGGCGGCGGCGCUGGAGCGGGAGCUGCGCGCGGAGCGGGCGCGGGCGGACGCGGCGGAGCGGGAGCUGCGGGAGCGGCACGCGGAGGUGGCGAGCGCGCAGAUGGGCGGCGCGGCGCGCGCGGCGGGCGGCACGGCGCGGCUGGGCAAGCUGGAGGCGCGCGUGGUGGCGGCCGAGGGCGCGGUGCGCGACCUGACGGCGCGGCUGGACCGCAAGCACGCCGAGGCGCAGGCGGCGCGCGGCGCGCGCGAGGGCCUGCAGGCGGACGUCGCGUCGCUGCGGGACGCGCUGGCGCGCAAGGAGGCGGCGCUGGCGGACGCGCGGGCGGCGGCGAGCAAGGCCGAGGCCUCGGUGCGGGACCUCCGCGUGCGGUUCGCGGGGCUGCAGCAGGACAAGCGCGCGCUCCAGGCGCAGGUCGACGGCCACGCGGCGUCGGACCGCGCCCUGCGGCAGAAGGCCGAGGCGGCGCUGGGGCAGGCGGCGCGGCUGCAGUCCAAGGCGUCGCGGCAGGCGCGGGAGCUCGAGCAGCUGCGGCGCGCGGCGUCGGGGCGCGACGCGACCGCGGGGCAGAUGAAGGAGCAGCUCGACCGCGCGGAGCGGGCGCUGGCGGCGCAGGUGGAGCGGGGCGCGGCGCAGGGGCGGGCGCUGGCCGAGGCGCGGCGCGCGCUGUCGAGCGAGGCGCUGCGCGCCGAGGGCCUCGCGCGGCGGCUCGAGGAGGCCGCGGCGGAGAGCGAGGCGCUGCGGGCGCGCGUGGCGCAGGUGGAGGCCAAGUGCUGGGGGCUGGUGUCGCGGCUGGCCGAGGCGGAGCGCGCCGCGGAGGCCGGGGUCGCGGGGCGCGCGGGCGAGGCCGCGGAGCUCAGGCCGCCGGCGGCGGCGCCGUCGUCGUCGUCGUCGGACACGGUGUACUCGGCGCCGCACUUCAUCAACCUGCAGGACGAGGCCAACAGCCUGAUGAGCCCCGGCCUGCCCUUCACGCCGGGCCUGUCCGUGGGCACGACGCCGGCGACGACUGCGGCGGCGGCGGCCACAGCGGCGGCGACUGCGGCGGCGGCGGCGGCGCGCGGCAGCAGCAGGGGCGGGCCGUCGCGCAUGGCGGCCGCCGCGCCCGCGGACAGCGCGCACAGCUCCGUCGCGGGGGGGCUGGCGUCGGCGCGCGCGCUGCCGAGCAUCCAGGAGGCCGGCGGAGGCGCCGCCGCCGUCUCGGACGCCGCGGCAGAGCGCACGAGCGCGGCGGCGUUCACGAACCCGCUGUUCGACCCGACGCGCGCCGAGGUCCCUCCGCCCCCCGUGGUGGCGAGCACGUUCAGCCUGGCGGCGACGGGCGUGCAGGCGGCCGCGCGGCCCGUGUCGAUGAUGGUGACGCCCGUGCUGGGCAAGCGCGCCCCGGACUCGGCCCCGAUGGCGGCGGUGGUGGCCAACCUGUGCCACAGCGUCGACAGCCCCGGCCCCGCGGCGGCCUCCUCGCAGCGCGUGUCGUUCGCCGGGCGCGUGCGCGACAUGGACCUGGCGGGGGACGGCAGCGCCAUCUCGUCCGUCGUCGGCGACGCCGACGACGGCGACGCGCAGGAGCUCGCGGUGGACGGGCGGGCGAUCAGCCUCCGGCAGCUGGCGGCGCUGGCGGCGGGCGGGCAGCUGCAGAGCCCCAAGACGCCCACGCUGCUCGCGCCGGGGGACGGGGCGGGCCCGCCGCGCCGGGCGCUGCGGGACCGGAACGCGUGA